UGUUGUUCUGCUUGCGUUUGCUUUGCUGCUGUUAUUCAAUUCGGUUGUUUUGCUGUAAGUCUCUGCCGCGCAUUGCCAACACUUCGGCACGUUUCCGCCGCCUGUCUGAACGUAUAGGCUGUGCUGCUUGCUGCUUGCUGCCUGCGGCUUGUAGUGGGCUCUGAUUAUUUGGAUGAGGUCCAUUUGUGGUGAAGUUCAGUCUCAGCUUUCAUUCAUUCCGAUUCCAGCAUCCAAGCGUGUUUCGCCACUCCAAUCGCACACUCACUAACCGUUAAGCUUUUCUUAUCUUGUGUCCGUCUUGUGAAUUUUAUCUUCUUGUUGUGCAAGUGUAGUAGUAGUUGAGUUAUGAAACGCGUUCGCCGAUCAACAAAAUAAACGUGCAAUUAGAUUUGUUAACGAAAAGUGGCGUUUGUUAAACAAAUACAUAUGCACAUACAUAUGUUAAAUAUUAUAUUAUAUGAGUAAUAAAAAGCAUACACAAAACAAAAGUGUCGCCUGCAGACCAGCAAUUGCAAAUCUUCAAAGUUUGCCUAACAAUUAAUAAUAGUGUAAAAAUGCAUAUUUAAUAAAUUUUUUGCUACACUCAAGUACAUACACAUAUGUAUAUAAAUACAUAAGCCCAUAUAUACUGGUAUGUAUGUAUAUUGGCAGCCAAUCAAAUGCCCGGUAGCUAUUUUGACGUUUUGAUUAGUUAACUCGCUACACAAUUGUGUUUGUGUACUCUACCACAUUAUUGUUGAAAAAAAAAUUGAUUUAUUAUAAAAAUAAUUCUUAAUUUUACAACUUUUACUCUUGAACCUAUCGCAGCUUCUUUGCAACAGUGUUUCAUUGUGUUUGUGAAAGUUUUGAAAAUAAAAUAAAUAAGUAAAUGUUCUAAGUGUUUACGUGUUGGCGCGUUAUGUGCGGCUAUAUCCACCGAUUUGUUGUGAACUGAUUCAGUUAUUUGAUUUUUUUCGACCACGUUCGGGAAUAUACUUCUACAUUUCAAAGCACCACGAACAAUUUCUAAUAGGAAACUGUGUAGAUAGCGGCGACAAAACGGAUAUUUCACGAAGGCUUAGCUAAAUCCUGUGCCAUGAAGGAGAAGAGUAAAAAUGCCGCUCGCACUAGACGUGAAAAGGAAAAUGCGGAAUUCUUCGAACUGGCCAAAUUACUACCACUACCAAGUGCAAUUACAUCACAGUUGGACAAAGCGUCCAUCAUAAGAUUAACCACAUCGUAUCUGAAAAUGCGUCAAGUCUUUCCCGAUGGUCUGGGCGAGGCGUGGGGCACUUCACCGGCAAUGCAACGUGGCGCUAUCAAAGAGCUUGGCUCACAUUUGCUGCAAACAUUGGACGGUUUCAUAUUCGUUGUGGCACCGGAUGGCAAAAUUAUGUACAUCUCCGAAACGGCAUCCGUACAGCUGGGACUCAGUCAGGUUGAACUCACCGGCAAUUCCAUAUUUGAAUAUAUACAUCAGCACGAUCACGAUGAGAUGAACGCUAUACUCUCACUGCAUCCUUAUAUGUACCAAAACCCGGAUGCAUUUAUUAAUUCAUUACAUCUACCACAGAGCGGCAAUCCACCCACCGGCCAUGCGAACGUCAUCGGCAGUCCGAAUGGCAGCUAUGGCAAUGAUCGCGGUUCGCAAACGAUCGAAUUGCAAAAAUCCUUCUUCCUGCGCAUGAAGUGUGUGCUGGCGAAACGGAACGCUGGACUCACCACAUCUGGUUAUAAGGUUAUACACUGCUCUGGCUACUUGAAAGCGCGCAUAUUUCCUGACUAUGGCGACGGUCAUGGCGGUUACAUACAAAAUUUGGGCCUUGUAGCUGUUGGUCACUCUCUGCCUUCGUCUGCGAUAACGGAAAUUAAAUUGCACACGAAUAUGUUUAUGUUUCGGGCGUGUAUGGAUCUGAAAUUAAUAUUUUUAGAUGCGAGAGUUUCCCAACUCACUGGCUACGAACCGCAAGACCUCAUAGAGAAAACCCUCUAUCAGUACAUACACGUUGCGGACAUUGGAGCCAUGAGCUGCGCCCACCAAACACUGGUAUACAAAGGACAAGUCACCACCAAAUACUAUCGCUUCCUGACGAAGGGCGGCGGCUGGGUCUGGGUGCAGUCGUACGCGACUGUGGUGCACAACACACGCUCCUCGCGCACUCACUGCAUCGUCAGCGUAAAUUAUGUCCUUAGUGAACAAGAGGCCAAAGACUUGAUUCUCAAUGAAAUACAAACGGGUGUGGUUAAGAGCGAGCCAAUCAGCGCUUCGGCUGCGUUGACGCCAUCUUUGCAUGCGGCACACGCAGCUGCCGUCGUUACACACCCGGCGCUAAGCAAUGGCAUUGCCGUUGGCAGUACGCCGAGUUGCGCUGCGCUCAGCGUGAGUCCCAAACUGGACGCGUGUUUUGAGAGCGCUGGCGUACAUUUACCACCUAACGUGCUUACACCGGUGCUGACUGGCGGCAGCAGCAGCAGUGGUGGCGGCGGCGCCGGCAACGGCGUAGCGCACAAUAAUAACAACAAUAAUGCCUACAUGACGGGACAUAUAAUGCACACGCAACUGCCGCAUCAUCAGCACGCGCAUCUGCAUGCACAUCCGAACGCGCAUGUGCACGCACAGCACGCGCAUCAUCUGCAUCACGUGCAUCCGCAUGCGCAUGCCCACGAAGUGCCGCUACCACCGCAAACACAACACGAAAACCUCAAUUAUACAACGCUCUUCCCGCCGAUCAACGAUCUCGUGGUCACUUCAUCGACGCUCGGCCAUGAAAUGCAAUACCCGGACACAACCACCGGCCCCGGCUACUACGGCGGCAGUGUGGGCACGAACAAUAGCAAUAACAACUCGGGCAGUGAACACUACUACUACGAGGCGACGCCAUCAGCUACGUCACUCAAUCGACCGUACUCGGCGAAUUCCAAUAGCUGUUCCAGCAGCGCGGAAAGCGAGCGCCAAAUGUCCACCGGCAAUGCGUCGAUAAUAACGGGCAAUUCGCCACAGACGACGUACAGCGAGUUGAGUCACACAUUUGAAUUGCAUUACCUGUCGGAUAGCAGUUCGCAUCAACAGGCCGCUAUGGCGGGACCACCGACUACACAACAACAGCAGCAACCGCAACAACAUCACCUACAACCUAUGGAACAUCAUCAACACACGCAUCAUCACCAAACACAUCAGCUGCAACAACAAAACUUGGCGUCCAGUCACAUUGCCACGCUGCAACAGCCAGCGACGCCGCAGUCUCAGUCACAACAACAACAAAUGGAGCACCAGCAAAUGCAUCAGCAUCAUCAAACGACGCUGGUGGCACAUCAACUACAACAACACGAGCAUGAACAACUACAACAGCAGCAGCAGCAACAACAACAGCAUGAGCAUCUUGCCCGCUCAUUCGCCGUAGCCGUGGAGAAGGGCGUCAGCGUGCAGCCGCAAUAUACCAGCGUCAUUGUUGACCCCCAUCAUCAUUAUAUACCCAACGAUUUUGUACAUUAGCAUUUGCUAGCUGUUACGAUCCAGAGGAUCGCUGACAGUCAAGCACGUAUUGUGCUCUUAUUGGGGGCGCCUUGGGUGUCGUCAUGUUGCUAUGACCUUUUAACGGGUCACAGCGCAUUGUUGUUGUUAAUUUUAAUAGUUCUAAUUACUGCUAAUUAAAUUGGACUGAGUCACAAAAAUAUAUAUACAUACAUAACUUUAUAUAAUUUUCGAUUUAAUCUUUUUGCCAAUUUCAUUUACUCGAAUAUGGUCUGCGCACUAGCUGAGGAAAAGGCCGCACAUGCAGUUUUCCGAGCGCAAAAAAACAGGAAAUAUUAUGUAUAUUUACAUAUUAUAUUUAUUUAUAUACACCACAAUAGCUAUGAGAAGCCAGCAGACAUUUUAAUGCGAACAAAUUGUCAAAAUAUUGUAAUCAGUGCAAAUUUCAUUAAUUUA